AUGCCACAGGUGUUUGAUAUUGCACUCGACUAUUGUAAUUAUGUAUUUACAGCUGUGUUCGUCAUUGAAUCUCUAUUGAAAAUAAUUUCUCUUGGUCCGUUACGAUACUUUCGAGACAAGUGGAAUCAACUUGAUACAUUUAUUGUUUUACUUUCGAUUGCUGGAAUUGUUAUGGAAAAACUCAAAACAGGACAUAUACCAAUAAAUCCAACAAUAAUUAGAGUAAUGAGAGUGCUUCGCAUUGCAAGAGUGUUAAAAUUAUUAAAAAUGGCUAAAGGUAUUCGUGCUCUAUUGGACACUGUUAUUCAAGCGCUUCCACAAGUGGGAAACUUGGGUUUACUUUUUUUCUUAUUAUUUUUUAUUUUUGCGGCACUCGGUGUUGAACUAUUUGGAAAAUUAGAAUGUAAUGAAGAACGACGGUGUACAGGCCUUGAUAAACAUGCACAUUUUAAAGAUUUUGGAAUGGCAUUUUUAACGUUGUUCCGAAUAGCAACGGGUGAUAAUUGGAAUGGAAUAAUGAAAGAUGCUUUACGACAAGAGGAUUGUACAAAUUGUAUAAAAAAUCCAUUUAUGACUGCAAUAGCUCCUAUUUAUUUUGUUAUAUUUGUUUUAAUGGCCCAAUUUGUUUUAGUUAAUGUUGUUGUUGCCGUACUAAUGAAACAUCUUGAUGAUUCAAAUAAAAUGAUGGCUGAUGAUGCCGAUAUUGAUGCAGAAAUUGAACAACAGUUAGAAGCUGAAGCACGAGCAUUUUUACCAAAUACAUCAUUAAAUGAGAAAGAACCUGAUUUUUUCGAUGAUUUUAAUAAUUAUCCAUUAACAAAACAAUUAUCAUUGCCACCAAAUUUUACAUUUCAUUCUAGUACUCCACCAAGAGCACGCGGUAUUCGACGUAGAACUGAAACAUUAAAUUUAAAUAAACGUUCAUCAGCCGAUUCAGUUAUUCUACAUUUACAUUCAACACAACAAAAUUCCGAUGAUCAUUCAAAAGAUAUUAAUAAUUUAUGUAAAAAUAAUAAUAGUUCAACAAGUAUCGAAACUCUCCAUCAUUUAAUUCCAAUCUUACAUCGUUCGAAUACAUUACCAGGAAAAUAUUCUAGAAACGAAGAACAUCGAAAAACGACUAGUACAUUAGUUCUACAACAGCAUCAUAAUUCUAAUAAAAAUAAUUUCAAUUUAACUAAUGAUAAAAUACAAAAAUUAUCGCCUAUAAUAUCUCAAAAUCGUUCAAAAAUUUCAUUAAAUUAUCAAUCACCUCAUAUUCAUUAUAAACGUUUAUCCCUUUCGGCUCAACCAUUUUCCCCAUCAAUGUUAAAUGUUGGACGAAAAAUCAGAACUAUUGAUCAGACUGAUUCAGAGAGUACAGAAAGUGGAAAAUCUGCUAGUCAUAAAUGA